AUGUUCCAGUUAAUUUUUUAUCUAAAUCUUUUUCAAUUUUAUGAACAAAAUAAAUCAAUAAUACUACUAACAUUUGAUAGAUUGGGCCCCAUAAUUUUAAUUAGUUACAAUCUUGAAAUAUAUUAUGCCCUUUUUAUUACGUAUCAUUUUAUUUUUUUGUUACAUGGAGCUUUCGGUAAUAAUAAAGCACGCUUGAAGCCCACAGUAUGGCCCGGUAAGGAUGUAAAAGGUUGUCUCUCCUCCAAUAAAAACAGUACGACAAUCUAUCAACGAUUGGAAAAAAAAUAG